UAAAUUUUUGAAUUUUCAAUUUCAACAAGUCAUUCUGGUUUUCCUCCAUUUAUUCAUAUUACACAGCGCUAGCUGAAAAUGAUAACAAUUGGAUAAGGAAUACAAUGAAUCUCCUGAAAAUCAGCUGAAUGUUUAGCAGGCCAGAAACAUCAGGGACAGGAAGGGAAAGGAAGCUUGACCAUCUAUUAUAGUUUACUGAAAUAAAGUUUACUUGUCACAAAGUCUUGUUUGGGUGCAUCACUAUGUUUGACAUAAACAAUUUAGUCAAGGUAUUUAGAAUAGGUUAUAUGUAAAUCUUUAUUUCUUCGUAGGAUGAAGUCCUAUUUCAAUUUCCAUAAUGUAUUUUCCAAGGACUAUAUCAUCCAGAAGGAUAAAAUAAAAUUAUAAUUUCUUAAACAAGCUUUUACUACAGCCUGAAAUAAAACGAUGAAUUUUCUAGUACUCUUCAUACUCAUCUAGAGAUAUUACAUGUUUUUUUGACUGAGUUCUUCCUGCUGGACCACCCAAGCCACCUACAAACAAGUCCAUAUGAAAGGUGUCACACUUUAACAAUAUACAGUAGUGCACUACAUAUUUGUUGUACAAAGUUAUUUCCCGCUUCUAGAAAUCUUGCUAUGAAAAAUGUAGUUUCAUCCUUAACUAUUACCAUAGCAACCUUACUAAGCUGAAGGGAUAAAGCACCUUUGUAGUGGCUGCUUCUAUUGAAUUACAAUGUAAAUGUUGAUGCCUCCCUGGGAAACAUCAAAUGACAACAAGGUGCUGGGGUGCUGUGGGGAGACUGCGAGGAACCCAGAUCUGGUAGUGAUUGCUGUACUGGAAUCCAAGUCUUCACUCAGGGGCCCACACUGAUGUCUAACAGAAUAUUUCCACUCCAUCUCAAAUUGAUCAAAGCCAAGAAUAAAAUGAUGCACGCAUUUAGUUCCAUAAUCUUCUUGGUCUCUUCUCUUCAAGACAAAGUUGUGCAUAAAGUAAAUAUUUUUCCUUGUUUAGUUUUCUUUCGUCUUUUUUUUUGGAAAAAAUAAAGUAUCUUCUCCCCUCCCCUAUUUUCUGCCUCUGUCAACCAGCUCUCUAAAUGUGGCCUUAAACUAACUCCCCUGUGAAUUGUCUGCUCUUUUGCUCAGAGCUGGCUUAGGAUACCUGAAUUCAGUAUUAUUAACUUUCUUUGUCUUUAGUUUGACCGACAAUUCCACGAGUCUGCAGGUGCUGGCUGUUUUCUUCCACGGCCUUAAGGAACAAGGGAAAUGUAGCAUGAAGGAGACUUGAAACGCCCCGACCCAAUCAGGUAUUCCUGAAGUUGCUCCAGAGCCCGGCGCUGCCCCUGCCGCCCUGGCUGCGGCUGCGGCUGCUGUUACUGCUCAGGUAAACUUUGGAGAGUUACCUGCUCUUGGAGAGGGGCCUUACCUGAGCGCGUAUCUGCCAAUGGUAGCUCACCUGAGGGCUUUCCGCAGCCAAUCAGCGUGCAGCUCGUCCCUCAGACUUGUACCCUUUAGUGAAAGAAUUCGGCUCCUAGCGAGAAAGUUACCUGUGGCCGCCCUAGUCCGCCACUUUUCGCCCGCUCUGUGCCUCCCCUUUGCCACCAGCGAGGAGAACCUAGCAGCACCCCGCCGCCUCCGAGCUCUUGCCACAUGUGAGGGGGGCCCGCUCCUUAUCCCACCUUUCCGGCUAGGUGAGGGAGCGAGCGAGCGAGAGUGGUUGAGGGGGAACGGAAAAGCAGAAUUACCUGUACCUCUUGUUCUGCCAUCUCGGGCGCUCGCACACACCUUCACCUGCACAGACUUGAAAGUCCAGUUUCGCCAGAGACUGAGGCACCAGGAAAAGGGGAGAGAGUUCAUUGGAUCAAACAUGUCACAAGAGUCGGACAAUAAUAAACGACUCGUUGCUUUAGUGCCGAUGCCAAAUGACACACCAUUCCACACCCGCCGGGCCUACACCAGUGAAGAUGAAGCCUGGAAAUCCUACCUUGAAAAUCCCCUGACUGCUGCCACCAAGGCAAUGAUGAGUAUCAAUGGAGAUGAGGACAGUGCUGCUGCUUUGGGCUUACUGUAUGAUUAUUAUAAGGUUCCUCGAGAUAAAAGGUUGCUCACUGUUUGCAAAACUACAGACAAUCAAGAAGAUCAAGAUAAAAGAAACUGCCUUGGGACUAGUGAAGCCCAGAACAACAUCAGUGGAGGAGGAGAAAACCGAGUACAGGUUUUAAAGACUGUUCCAGUUAACCUUUCUUUGAAUCAAGAUCACCUGGAGACUUUAAAAAGGGAACAAUACAGUACAAAUGUAUCUGAGGGUUCAGCAGGCUGUGUAGCAGGAGUAGUUGUGGUGAAAGCUGAAGAGUUUACACCAGUCUUCAUGGCCCCAUCUGUGCACUACCCCAGAGGAGAAAGUGAGGAGCCCCGUGGUGUCAUCUUUGAGCAAAAUCAGUAUGAAGUACCUAACAUGGCUCCCCAUACCAACUAUCUCAAGGAUGACCAACGAAGCACACCAGACAGCACUUACAGUGAGACUUUCAAAGAUGGAGCUACAGAGAAAUAUCGGAGUGCUUCAGUGGGGGCCGAAGAAUACAUUUAUGAACAAACAGCAAGUAGCACAUUUCAGUAUACUUUGGAAGCUACCAAAUCCCUACGUCAGAAGCAAGGAGAAGGACCCAUGACCUAUUUAAACAAAGGACAAUUCUAUGCCAUCACCCUGAGUGAGACAGGAGACAACAAGUGCUUCAGACAUCCCAUCAGUAAAGUCAGGAGUGUGGUGAUGGUUGUUUUCAGUGAAGAUAAGAAUCGAGACGAGCAGUUGAAGUACUGGAAAUAUUGGCAUUCUCGACAACAUACAGCUAAGCAGAGGGUACUUGACAUUGCUGACUACAAGGAAAGUUUUAAUACAAUUGGAAACAUUGAAGAAAUUGCAUACAAUGCUGUUUCUUUCACCUGGGAUGUCAACGAAGAGGCAAAAAUUUUCAUCACUGUGAAUUGCCUAAGUACAGACUUCUCCUCCCAAAAAGGGGUGAAAGGGCUUCCUUUGAUGAUUCAGAUCGACACGUACAGUUACAACAAUCGAAGCAAUAAACCCAUUCACAGAGCUUACUGCCAGAUCAAGGUCUUCUGUGACAAGGGAGCAGAAAGAAAAAUUCGUGAUGAAGAAAGGAAGCAGAACAGAAAGAAAGGAAAAGGCCAAGCAGCACAAACCCAGUGCAACAACUCCACUGAUGGGAAAUUGACAGCAAUACCCUUACAAAAAAAGAGUGAUAUCACCUACUUCAAGACAAUGACAGACUUGGAUUCUCAGCCUGUUCUCUUCAUACCAGAUGUUCAUUUUGGAAACUUACAGAGGACUGGGCAGGCAUAUUACAACACCGAUGACGAACGAGAAGGUAGCAGUGUCCUUGUUAAAAGGAUGUUCCGGCCAAUGGAGGAGGAGUUUGGACCACCACCUUCUAAGCAGAUGAAAGAAGAAGGAAUGAAGAGAGUACUUUUGUACGUGAGGAAAGAGACAGAUGAUGUGUUUGAUGCUUUGAUGUUAAAAUCACCCACAGUAAAAGGACUAAUGGAAGCGAUAUCUGAGAAAUAUGGGUUGCCAGUGGAGAAGAUUACUAAACUUUAUAAGAAAAGCAAAAAAGGCAUCUUGGUGAACAUGGAUGAUAACAUCAUCGAGCACUACUCCAACGAGGACACCUUCAUUCUUAAUAUGGAGAGCAUGGUGGAUGGCUUCAAGAUCACUCUGAUGGAAAUCUGACUGACCCUGCAAGCCCCCUCUGCAGGAAUUGUCGUUGCAUUUCAUUCCCAGAGAAAAACAUGCUCCACUCCAUCCCCAAGAACCCUGCAGACCCAAGUCACCUAUCUGAGAAAUGCUGUUACAAGACUGCUUUGGGGAGGGGGAGAAAGGAAAAAUAUGCCCUUUUCAGUGUGGUGGGGCCUUUGGCCCAUUAAUCAGGUUGCUGGGGCAGAGCUGAGGGAGGCCUGGUUUUCUGAUAGACCCCCAGCUGGAAAGCUCCUUGGCUCUUUAUUUAUUGCCCACCACUCUCUGGAGCCAGCUAGUGUCUGGACUCUAGAGAUCACUCCUGGGUAUGGAGUGAUCCAUCUUCUGGAUGAGACAGCUUUGAGCCUUCCUCAUUGAGGGAAAAGCAUCUGAAUGGUUCAGUUGGGGAAGGCUGGAACGUUUUAGUUAUUCCUCUUUCCCCAUUAAAUGGCCGGACAACGUGGGCUACUACAUGGUAGAUCUAACCCAGGUGGAACAGAGAGUCCAAUAGCCCCAUUCACCAGCAGAAAACCCCCGUCAUUGUUCUGGGGAAGGCAAUCUUGUCAAAUACCUCUGGAAGCUCCCAGCAAGUAGCCCAUGGGGACUUGUACAGAAAGAUGUUCAGCUACCGUGUAAUUUGUAAGUGACCUGAAAAGUAUGCCUCUUUAGCAUCUGUAUAUAAUGUUUAUAAUAUUGCAAUAAUAUAUUUUACCUACUGUAUGUGGGCAUGUUUACUGCCACUGUAUUUGGGGGGUGGGGUGCAUGCCCUGAAAUUCACUUUUCUUCAAGAAUUUUCAUCCUGCCCCUUCCCCAGGGACAGUGUUGGGCAGCAGACUGGCCUGAAGUCAGCUAGUGUUCCUGGGCUGUGAGCCUAAGAAUUUGCUGCCAGUGGAGAGGGCUAGUCUCUAGAUAGCCCCUCCCCUGGGUCUCUUUCCCUGUUCUCAGGGAGUUCCCUUUCCCCCUCUAUUACUAUGUUCCCUUUCCUUGGACCUGUUGCAUGUAUCCCCUGAUUAUGUUCUUUCAUGUCCCUUUACUGCUGGUUUUCUCUCAAGAAAAAUCAAAGGGGCUCCUUGUGCCUUUCUAGUAUGCUGAUGCCAGAAAUCCUAUGAGCAUUUGAGGGUCCCUCUUGGUACCAACUCUAUGGCCCAUCAAGUUACUGCAGGAUUUGGACCAGACCGUAACAUGUUUUCCAUGUACCUUAUUGGUUGAUUUUUUUUUUUUAAUUUAAAUUAUCCAUGCUGGGGCCUGACCACUGCAAUGAGCUCUUAGGUAUAACUGGAUCUAAUUAACAUAGGCACUUGCAAGGAUUAAAUUUAACUCAGCCUUCUUCCACUGGCAUCAGAUGCUAAGAAAAUAAAUGAAAGUGUAAAGGGUCCCUGUACCUCCAGAGCUGCACUCUUUUCCUUUGAGAGACCUUUCCAAAAACAAUGAUCUGGCUUAGGGAGAGAGCUCCUGGGAAAUGAAGAGGAAGAGAAAUGUUUUGUAGAUGAUCUCUUAAAACAACAAAGGAAUCUGACCACAUUUUUCAAUAAACAUGCUCUCUGUGAUUGGCCAGAGAGUCCAGGGCAUUGAGUCCCUGGAAUGAGAAGAAUGGACUUUGUGUCCCAGUAUGAAUUUCUUAGUCUUCCCCUGCCUCAGUUUCCCUUUUGUCUAGAAUAUAUCUUGCCACUGGAUGACAUACACAAAGCACUUUGAGGUCUUCAAUGGAAGGCACCCUGGAUUUCAAGCGCUGGCAAUGAGCAUUGCAAACCAGCACAAAGAAGAUCUAACCCCUCCGUGGAGCUGCCCCAAAUCUGCAUCCAGACCCACUCUAGCCUAUUAUCUGCUCCCACUUAUGUUUCCUCCCUUGAAUAGUCUCCAAGCCCUUCUUACUUAUCUUUUACCAGGGAAGAAUAUAGAAGAAAAUCCAGAAGGUACCUAAAAAUGGGGAAUAGAUGGGGAGGAAGAUAAGGUGGUAACUCACUUGUGUUUUUCUUGCAAACCUGUUAUCCUUACUCUGUGGUCAUCCAGAGGAAGGAAAAUAAGACCCUGAUCAAAUGUACCAUUGUACCCUAAACAAAUUUGUUUAUACAGCAGCUCAAAAUCACAUCCGCCUUUUUCCCAAGUGACUUUUCCUAGUGUCACUCAACACAGGGAGCUGAUUGAUGUCAUACCUGGUCCAUCUCACCAUGAUGUUCAUGGGUUUGACCUGAAUAUUUCUAAACUUUUUGCUGAAAAAACCCCAAGUGAAAAAAGAUGUGAUUUUUACUUCACAAGCUCUUUGAGAGCAUCCAUCUAACUUGUCUGCAUUAAGAUAUAGUUCCCAAACUCAGGGAAGUAGUAGCUUUGAUCUAACCACUCCUGGCACUUUAGUGACUAGUUUCCUCUAGGAAAAAUAGAAGCUACUUGCUAUUCACCUUUCCCAUUUUGUGGUGAAGACUUUUGAUUAGUCAGUUCUAAAAUUCCCCAAAUACCAUCUCCUGCUGCCAGUAUAAUCAUUAGCAAGUAUUAGUGAUAAUUUCCUGUUGGUGAGAUGUGGCCCAGAACCCUAUGGUAACUAUUCUUGCAUAAAAAUUUGUAUCACUUAUUCUCCAAAGAAAUAGUGACCAGUGUCUCUUCAGAGGUGCUGAGUGGGUCCGAGGGCUUGUUCCAUUUCCUUCUCUAGACACCAUAGCCUAUUGCAGGCAACCAUCAGCAUCCAAUUCACCCCCUCCUUGCAUCCAUUCUACAUCCCUUUCCUUCUUCUCCAUGCCGCAGACUCUCUGCUGCUUCCUCCUCUGAAGGAAAAGCUCAUGGACUAGCUUUGAUGUGCCUUUUAUGGAGCACAUUAGCAAUGCUUUGAUAAAUUACCAAGUGUCAGAAAUUUAUGGGCAAAAUGCACUCCAGAAACACAGAAGAACUUGACCCUUCUUCUUGUCUUAUUUGUCACUUUAAAACAGACAUUAAGUUUUUGAUCCAUGGACCAUGGAGACACUUCAAAUAAGUGCUUUACUUGUUUACGCUAAGCUAUUUAAACCUAUGCCGCAGCUGGUUUGGAAGUGGGACUGUCGGGAAAAUGCCAUCUGAUUUUCCUUCAGAGCCAUCCCCCAGGUGGCACAUAUGCCUUCAUAUCAGCCUCUGCAGAGAUGCAGGAUGUGGAUGAAAUGGAUGGAAUGUUUAAAUUCUUCCCUUUAUUUAAAAUUGCUCGAACUUAACAGAAACAGGAGGGUUUGUGCCAAAUUCUGUGAAAGGCCCUUUCUUCAUGGCAAGCAAAAGAAGCAUUGUGUACAAUUUGCUUUCAUGUUAAAAAAAUAAAACAAAACACACCAAUAGCCUAUGUAACUUAAUAGUUUUGUAAAUGGGAGAGGGGGAAUCUAUAAACUAAAAAUACAGUUAUUUUAUUUUUUGUACAUUUUUAAGAAGAAAAAUAAAUAUUCAUAAUGUAAGAGUGAACAGAA